AUGGUGACUUGUGUGAUUGCUCGUUGCAUUAUUGUAACAAUUGGUACACUUUAUCCAGCGUAUAAAAGUUAUAAAGCACUCAUGACUUCAGAUUUAAAAGCAGUGGUGAAUUGUCUUCGAUAUUGGAUUGUAUUUGCAAUAUUUAUUGCUGUUGAAACAAUCACUGACAUUAUUCUAUCAUGGUUUCCAUUUUACUAUUGGAUGAAAAUUUGUGUAGUACUAUGGAUGAUAUCACCAGCUGGUUCAACAUUUAUUUAUAAACGUUUUGUGCAACCUGUUUUAAAAGAACGAGAGAAGGAAAUCGAUGAAUUAUUAGAGCGAACAAAAGAAAAGGGUUAUUCUACAUUGAUUGAACUGGGUCAUAAAAGUUUUCGAUAUGCAUCCACUUUAUUUUUAAAUACAGCAAUAUUAAGUCAGGCUUAUCUUGGUGAACAUUUAAAACGAAGUCUUAGUACAAAUGACAUCAUCGUUCAUUCACAAUUACAAGCAUAUAUAAAUAAAAAUGCUAUACUUGAAGAAGUUGAAGAUGAAAAUGAUGAUGAUGAUUUAAAAGCACGUCUUGACGAAGAUCGUCAAUUUCUAAAGAGUACACCUGGUCAGCAACAGUUCUCACCUUAUCAAAUUUCAAAGGAUAAUACUGAAGGCCAAUUAGAAGAAUUAGAAAUGUCAAAUGUUAUUGCUCAACAAAAACAACGAAAAACUCGGGCAUCGACAGUUUCUAAUAGUAAAAAAUCUGGCGCCCCUUAUUCUUCAGCAGAGAACUCCCACUAUGGCACGAUCUCGAAAGGUCAAGCACAACAAAUGUUAAAACGUUCAAAAAUAACAAAUUCCGUUUAUUCAACACCAAAAGUAACAGUAACCGCUAAAUCAGCAUUAGCAACAUCAGAAUCUGCUCGAACAAUUGAUAAUAUCGUAGAGAGUAUCGAUUCUAGUCACAUUGAUGAUGACUCAACAAGAACUGGGUCAAAUUAA